CGGCAAGUCCCGGAGGGAGAGAGGCAGGCAGGCAGGCAGGCAGCGGGAACGGCGGCGGCGUCUCUGGUGGCCGCGGCUGCAGCUUCACCUCGUGAGAGAGGCGGGAAGCGAAGACCCAGGCGACGCCGCCCGCUGUGGGGCUCCCGAGGCGGAAGGCCGGCCUGAGGGGAGGGGAGACGCCCGCGGCGGAGGGGAUCGAAGCGGGCAGGGCAGGGCGGUCCGCUUCGCUUCGGCAGCCUCGGCGGCGGCGACCCAACAUGCCUCCCGCUUCCUCGGCGUUGUCGCCGCCGCCGCCGUUGCCGUUGUUGUCCUCGCCCUCCCCGCCCGCUGCCUGAAGCCAGGAGGAGACCUUCCCCUUCCUCUUCUCCUCUGCCAGCCGAAGUUCCCAGGCGGCCCCGACCCCACCCCAGGCGCAGGAGGAGGAGGAGGAGGAGGGCGGCGGCGGCGGAGGCAGCAGCAGCAGCAACCGCGACAUGAGGCGCGCCGAGGACCUGGAGGGCUUCGACGGGGAAGCGUCGAGCACCUCCAUGAUCUCGGGCGCCAGCAGCCCCUACCAGCCCACCACCGAGCCCGUCAGUCACGGCCACGGGCUGCGCGGCCUCCGCUGCGACCCCGAUUACUUGAGGGGCACCUUCGGAAGGCUCAAGAUCGCCCAGGUGGUUUUGGCAUUGAUUUCCUUCAUCUGCAUAGAAACCAUCAUGGUAUGCUCCCCUUGUGAAGGCCUUUAUUUCUUUGAAUUUGUCAGCUGUAGUGCAUCGGUAGUUACUGGAGUUUUGUUGCUUAUGUUCAGUCUAAAUCUCCAUGCAAGAAUACCACAGAUCAACUGGAACAUUACAGAUUUGGUCAAUACUGGACUCUGCACUUUUUUCUUUUUCAUUGCAUCUGUAGUACUUGCUGCUCUAAACCAUAACAAAGGAGCAGAAAUUGCAGCUGUGAUAUUUGGUUUUCUGGCAACUGCAGUUUAUGCUGUGAAUUUAUUUUUAGCUGUUAAAAAUUGGAGAAUUAACAGCCGACAACAAAACACAAGGCAGACCAGUGAUUAUAUGCGUGCUCGGACAGAAUCCAGGGAAGUGGAUCAUCGCCCAGAGAUUCAGCGUCUGGAUGGGUGAAAAUCUCAUGCAAAAUGGGAUUUCCCAGAAGUAGUAAAGUAAAAGCCUGCAGACUUUUUUU